AUGCCCAUCAACAGGAUCAAGAAGAGCGUCGCCUCGCGCAUCGCAAGCUGCAAGUCCAAGACCAUCCCCGCUCGCCUCCUGCACUGGGCGCAGAAGCACGUCGAGGCCCUCGCCGGCACGAGCAGCAGCACCGCAGACGGCAGCAGCCCCCGAAGCACCGGCAGCUCCCCCGCCGCGGAGCGCAUCUCGUCCGUCUCCAGCGUGCCUUUUCUGGAGCUCACGCUGGACGAAACCAAGCUCAGCGCCCGCAGCUGCCUCAAGAAGAAGAGACGCGGCCCCAACCACGGGGCCGACGCCGACGCCGGCCCCGCCACUAAGCACGUCGGCUUCGUCUGCAACGACCGCCUCCUGAGGUGCAUGGUCACCGGCACCCACAUCCCCUUCCGCGCCAGGACCGCCAAGAUGACCGAAGAAUUCAAUCAGCGCGCCGUGGACCGCACCGAGCAGCGCCGCAUCAACAGGCUGGCCCACCGCCUGGCCCGCGAGGCCGCCGGCAUCCCGCCCGGCGAGACCUCUUCGUCGUCGUCGUCCUCGGACGACGACGACGUGCAGCCCAAGUGGGACAGCUACAGCAGCGACGAGUCGGACGAGCUGCUGUAUGACCCCGACAGCGUCGCGGACAUGUCCCUCCGGGAAAACCACGAGCUGGCCAAGCUGGCCAAGGAGGCGCUCACCGUCGGCACCAUUGCCGGCGGCGGGAUGGACUUUGCGCUGUACGUAGUGCGCGACGAGGACCUGCUCAGGGCGCUCGAGCGGACGGCGGAGAAGUACGCUCACCACACCAGGAUCGCGAGCUACUGCGGCGACGAGCGCCGCUACGCCUACUGCGGCGUCGGCAGCAUCACAGAGCUGUCCGUCCAGCUAUACAGCAACUACGCCACCGCCAUGUCGGGCAACCGCACCCUCCGGCCGGUGGCCCCAAAGCAGAAGAAGAAGAAGUCGGCGGAUGCCGUCGUUGCUACUGCUGCUGCGUCUUCCUCCAAGGUGGAGGGCUCUUCCAUGACAAAGAGCUUUCCACGUGCCGAGAGCUCCUCAAUGGCAGAGCGCAGGCUGGCGAACAGCCAGAAGCAAGUCACUGUUGCUACCCUGGCCGCCAUUGCUGAAGUCAACAGCGAAGCCAACAGCGAAGUCAACGCCGAAGCCAACAACACUGAAGUCAAUACCGAGGCCGUCACCGAAGCCAUCACCGAGGCCAACACUACAGUCUAA